ACUUUUGAGCCACCGUACUAUGAAAACAACGUACAUUCGAGAGAAAAAAAGAAGCAAAUAUUUCACGGACUUCGUGUUGUAAAAUGCUUAUAUUUCAAGGCUGGAAGUGACUACAAAAGUACAAGCCAUAAGAAGAUUUAAUCCAGGUUGUGUUAAUCCAUAAUUUUAAUUGAUGAUGGCUUGGAGUAGCAGCGCUCUCCACGUAGACGAUGGUCUUGCUGAAGAUUUUGCAUCGAAUCUGUCGGGUUUGGGAACUGAACUCGGCACUGGAGCAUACAACAUGAGUGAAGUGUUGGCCCUGCCUAUGUUCAAGCAAGAAGAAAUUGAAGGAAGAGGUACAGAUCUACCUACCACUCUUGAGAAGGCAUUUGGUGCUUUCUCUUCCAUCCAUGCUGCAGCAGCUGCUGAAGAAGAGGACCAGUCAAGUUUCCAGGUUAUUUUAAAUGCAGCCACAUCACCUUUCACUAAAGUGAACGAAGACACCUUAACUUACCUCAACCAAGGCCAGUCCUAUGAACUUAAAAUCAGAAGGCUAGGAGCUAAGGAUUUUGAAGGCAAAUUAUUUAAGAGUGUAGUUCGAGUACUAUUUCAUGAUAAGAGGUUGCAGUACACCGAACAUGCCCAGAUUGAUGGGUGGAAGACAAACCGACCUGGAGAGAGAAUAUUAAGAAUAGAUCUUCCGCUUUCAUACAACAUUGUCAAAUACAACACUGCCUCACAGAACAUCAAUGAAGUAGAGUUUUUCUGGGAUCCCUCAUCAACAGUUGGUGUUUUCCUUCAGAUUCACUGUAUAAGUUCUGAGUUCACAGCCAAGAAGCAUGGGGGAGAGAAAGGAGUUAUAUUUAGGAUACAGGUUGAUUCAUAUUAUGUUGAUGAUGAUGGUACAGAGAAGCCUUUACAUGCUGCCAGCUGCCAAGUCAAGGUCUUCAAGCCAAAAGGUGCAGACCGGAAACAUAAAACGGACAGAGAGAAGAUGGAAAAGAAAACAGACAAGCACAAAUACCAGCCGUCCUAUGAUUGCACAGUUCUUACAGAGUCGCCGGUGUCUAUACCGCAGCCUUCCAAUAUAACCGGUAUCCAGAACCCAAGCCCUGGUCUAUCAUAUCAGAAUGAGAGUGGGAGGAGGAGUUUCUCAUCAUUAGAACAAUGCUACUCACCGUUGGACAAUACCUACUCAUCCAUAGAACAGAGCUUUGUAACUAGUACUCCAAACAGAUCUCCUGCUCCAUCAAACAACCAUGUUCUUUCACCUGAAGUAUCAAAUGCAGAAUCACCAUCACCGUUAUAUCCACACUACACAGCAGCUCAGACACAAGAAUGGCUGAAGCAACAUAGAUUUGAUAAUUAUUGUAAACCCUUCCAGAAUUUCUCAGGUGCUGAUUUACUGAGACUAGCAAAGGAAGAUUUAAUUCGUAUCUUGGGUCCAGCUGAUGGUAUUCGACUCAACAAUGCCUUACAAGAAAGACAUAUCAGACCAAGAUUAACAAUGUACGUCUGUCAAGAUAGAGAACAAGUAUACCAUGCCAUGUACCUUGAGAGACCGUUGGUAUCAGAAUUGAAAGCCAAAUUAGCAGCACUAUAUCAUGUUGAUAGCGAACACAUCUCAAGAAUUCUCAAGCAAGGAGUUGGAGGAAUCAGAGUUUUAGUUAGUGAUGAGAUGGUGCAAAACAUCACAGAUGAGAGCAACUUUUCACUAGAGGCAGUGAAAGAUCCCGAUGGAAACACAUAUACAAUAGUGAUGAAGUGAAAACAUCUCUGAAGAAUAACAAAUGAACUUAUCUAGCAAAAGCGAAAGUCUUCAUUCUGGAGUCUGAAAUCCUUGGCAGUAAUCUUCUUGGACUCUAUCCAGCACUUCUACGAUGCACAAGAGGAACGAGUUUGCAUUGAUACUUGUCAUUAACACCUCCUCUGUGUAUUGGUUGAUGUAUGCUAUGUUCUCAAGUUUGUUGAGCAGCGUUUGAGUAGGAGGACAAUUAAAGGGGAAAUUCACCCCGACAAUAAGUUGGUUUUACGUAAUAACAGCAGAACAAUUUGAGAAAAGUAUUGGUGAAUGUUUUGGUAGAAGAAUAAUGGAGAUAUGAAUUUCUAAAAUGUUGAUUUUGUGAUGUCAAAGAUAAGAAGCUCCUCCAUUCAUAUAAUGUUAAUUCCAUAGGAUGCCACUUUCUUUAAAAAUUGAUUUUUUUUAUAUAAUUGUUGGGUGGAUAUAUCAUCAGGCACAUCAUUUCAUAUCCCCUACUAAAAGAAAAAUAUUUUCAUUCAUCAUCUUCCAUUAAAAACAAUGGAAUUUAUUACAUGGGGAGCUGCUCGCAUAUGACAACAAAAUAAAACGGUUUAAAAAUCCAUAACUCAAUUAUUCAUGGAUGUUAUUCAAAUUUUCACCAAUAGUUAUCUCUAACUUUUCUGCUUUUAUUAAUCCAAACUUAUCGUCCGGCUAAACGUCCCCUUUACUGGAGAGGUGCAGUUCUCCAUAUCAAAUAUCAUCUUGAGCUUUUAUUAUAUUUUACAUGUGACCAUGUUUCAUUAAAUGCUUUUUAGCGUAUUGUUCAUGCACUUUGAUUUUCUUUUUCAUACAUGCUAUGUAAGGAAGGAGUUGUGACAGAUCGUACAUUAUCAUUACAGCUUUAAUAUACAGUGGCAAACAUACAGUUAUAGCAGACUCCUUUUACUAUCAAUUUUUUUUUUCUUGGGCCCUUUUCCACACAACUGUUUUUGUUUCAUGGUGAAAUGAUUGCUACCUUGUGCAACAGGGUGCCAAUUCUUCUGUGUAGUUUUUACGAGACAGGAUUCACCUAGAAUUAAUGAUACCCUAGUGGUUUACCCAUGAGUUUCUGGUGACAAGGUUCCACUGUACAGUGGUAGUAUACGAUAGAAUUAAACAUGAUUAUGUGAAUUGUUAAUUUCACGAGGAGUCAAGUAAAUACUUAAAAAUCACAUAAUUUCAACUCCCAGUUUGGUACACAGUGCAUCACCUUGUUGCUCAGGUUACACUGAAAAGAUUCGCACUGCAUAAUUAUCACAGUGAUCAUUUGUCAAAAACCAUGUGUAUGUUUGUGCUUCAGUAUGAUUUUAAUUUGUAUUUACAUAGGAUGAACAGGCUGUGGAUUGGCAGUUUAGUUAGUAAACUCUGUUUGAGUUUGAAAUUGAGAUGUAUAAAAGAAAACAUUUGGAACCAUACCGUGUUGCUGGUAUAUACAAAUGGUUUGACUUAUAACAUCCAACACAUUUAUGGGAGAGGGAGGGCCUUUUCUUUUUUUUUGCAUAUUCUGGUCUGAAAUAAUGCUUUGAGUGAGAUGAUGAGUAGUCAAAAUGAAGGCAGAUAAGUAACUUUUAUAAAGUUUCGCUUUACAUUUUCAAGGGUUAUUUUACGAAUGACAUAAAUUCUUGUCUGGUGAUGAAGUGCUUUGAUGACUUUAGAGCAUGUGUACUCGGUCAUUUCCCUCAUGGUUUUCUCAUAAAAGAUACCACUGUACAAAACCGUUUUCUUCAUUAUUUACUGUUCAGUUCAAUGAGCAUUUUUGUCUCACCUGCAUAGCAGAGUGAGACUAUAGGCGCCGCUUUUCCGACGGCGACGGCGGCGGUGGCGGCGUCAACACCAAAUCUUAACCUGAGGUUAAGUUUUUGAAAUGACAGCAUAACUUAGAAAGUAUAUGGACCUAGUUCAUGAAACUUAUACAUAAGGUUAAUCAAGUAUCACUGAACAUCCUGCAUGAGUUUCACGUCACAUGACCAAGGUCAAAGGUCAUUUAGGGUCAAUGAACUUUGGCCGAAUUGGGGUAUUUGUUGAAUUACAGCCAUAAAUUUGAAAGUGUGUUGGUCUAGUUCAUAAAACUUUGACAUAAUAGUAAUCAAGUAUCACUGAACAUCCUGUGCGAGUUUCAGGUCACAUGAUCAAGGUCAAAGAACUUUGGCCACGUUGGGGGUAUUUGUUGAAUUGCCAUCAUAUCUCUAUAAGUGUAUUGGUCUAGUUCAUAAAACGUGGAAAUAAGAGUAACCAAGUAUCACUGAACAUCUUGUGCGAGUUAUAGUAGUUUUCAAAAUCAGCACUGCUGCUAUAUUGAAUCGCGUGAUGCAGGUGAGACGGCCAGAGGCAUUCCACUUGUUCAACUUAUGUUGGCCUAAUGUGAGAAAAACUCCAAUGGUUUUACAUUCUGAAGUCAUGCAUAACUUUACAGAAAUAGAUAAAUCAUCAUCUCUCGAGGAAACUUCAGUUGACCAUGACACACUUAAUGUUAUAUUGGACCUAGCUAAGGUACUGUAAUCAAAGCUCAUCAGCGAUUUUAUACAUCAGUUUCAAAUUUCAAAUUUUUAUCAGAGUAACACCUCUGCAAGGUUUGUUGAUUAAUCCUUUGCUUUGCCACUUUCAGAUAUAGCAGAUUUUUACUUUAUCUCAUUUUAUCAUACCAAUCUGCCUUUUAUUUCCUCUAAAUGUGCCUGUUACAUCUCAUAUGUUUUUCCCCUUGUUGGAUGUAUUAUGAACUUGUCUAUCAUUAUUGAUGUAAUAUUGUGUCGUUUCCCAACAAUAGGUUUGCCCUACCCAAGGGCAAAGGCAUUGAUCAUGGAUGUUGGAAUGAAUGAAAUGUUUUAGAACUUUGUACAUAUUUUUAAGAACCUGUACAGAAGAUACAGAUCAUUUUGUUUGAUCACAUUCUAUAGAUUUUGAAGAUAUUCUGGUAAAGAGAAACAGAAGCUUAA